AUGCUAGUGCCGUCCUUCAAUGUCCUGAAUGGGGGUGUGGAUUCGAGCAACAAAUUGGCUUUUCAAAAGAAUAUGAUCGCACCUGUUGGAGCGUGCUUUUUCACAGGACCAAUUAAAAUGGGCAGUCAAGUUUACCAAAAGCUGAAGAAGGUCAUCGUUGAACAGUUUGGAUUACCUGCUGUCGGUAUCGGGGAUGAAGGAGGUUUUGCUCCACCAAUUUCACAGCCUCAUGAAGCAUUAGAUCUUCUGAUUCAAGCCGUUUCUCUUGCUGGAUAUGAUGGUAAAAUGCAAUUCGCCAUUGAUCCCACAUCAAGUGAGUUUUACCGGGAUCGCGGUUACGAUGUUGGGUUCAAGGACGAUAAGCCGAACAUGCAAAGCCCAAGAGAGAUGAUACACCUGUAUUGUUUACUAUUGCAAAACUAUCCCAUCUUUCUCUUUGAGGAUCCGCUCGCCGAAUCCGAUUGGGGCAGUUGGACAGAGUUCAAUACAGAACGUCCAAUCGAACUGGUUGGGGAUGAUUUACUGGUCAAGAAUACGCAAUGCGUGCAAGAGGCUUACGACAGGAUAGCGUGCAACUCUAUGGUGCUGAAAAUAUACCAAAUUGCGACCAUAUAUGAGGCGAUAGAGGCGUGGGUUUCCCCUUUCGUGAUCAACCGUGCCGGAAAUUUAGGUGCUAAUUAUUCAUUGGGCAAACUUGGCCUACAUGGGUUGGGGACAGGUCACCUUAAAUAUGGGAACCCUAGUCGGGAUAAAGAGAUUGUUAAGUAUAAUCGGCUGGUGGACAUUGAGGCGGACCUUAUGGGAAAGGGUGAAAAAUGCAUCUAUGCUGGUUCCAAAUUCAAGGUGGCAUCUAAGUAUUGA